AUGGACUCGUCUGAGCACCAGGUGGAAGUUUCAAAUAAUUCAGAUGUCAAAGACUUGAAAAGCAAGAUUGAAGAGAUUUAAAACUAAUAAGUUGUACACUUAGUUGCUAGUCUUCAAAAUAACAACGAACCAGUUUUACAGUAAAAUCAAUAGCAGAAUCCGUCCAGUUUAAGUUAAAUCAACCAAAGUACUAGAAUUUCAGGGACUGCUGUCAAUCCACUCAUAAAUCUUGGAAACCCACCUCAAAUAAAUGGAGGUCAAGGUAUUGAUCUUGUAUCAGAAAUAUCAAGAACUAUCAAUGAGUCAAAUCUUGCAAGAAGGAAUAGGCGACUGACAUUCCAACAGAAUGCUAGACAGUAUCUACACACUAUCAAUUUGAAUCAGCGAGAGAGCUCAGAGGUCAUUAGGUAGAACAUUUGGUAGCUUAGAAGCAUUAUUGAAUCUAGGAAUAAUUACUCAGAAUCUUUGGAGUAAAUGACUGAGCCAUCGCCUGCUAAUAGCUAAAUGAAGGAACUGCCAGCAUUUAGCCUUGAUAAUAGAAAGUUUGAAGUGGGCUAGUGGGUCGAUGUUAAGGAUACUAUUGACUAAUGGCUUGAGGCAUAGAUUUUAGAAAUUAGGGACAAUAAGGUCUUUGUACAUUACAAUGGCUGGGGAACCAGAUGGGAUGAAUGGAUAGAAUUCAGCUCACCAAGACUUGCUGCCUUCCGGCAAUAUACAGUCUAGAACCCUAGGUGCAACUAUUUGUCACCAUCACCCAAUAUUUAGCCAGACGCUCUGAAUUUUCAAUCACCUUCUGCUACAAAUAAUGAACUUGGCGGGAUGCUUAAUGAAAUGGUAGCAUUUAUGAGCGAGACCUCUAAGAUGAUUGUCAAUUUCAAUGAGUAAAGGGAUAACUUAGCCAACCAGGUAAGUACUCCAAGAGAUCAAAUGGUCAGCAUGAGGAAUGAAGAGGAGAAGAAAUAGUAGAUUGAUGAGUUUAGCUCUCUUAUGGAGUUUGAUGAGGAGAGAAAAUAGCAAUAAAACCUGGGAAAUUCUAGGAUACACAUAAAUGCAGGCAAUACUAGCAAUAAUAGAUAUGCUCAAGCUGAUUAAAACCCUUAGAUUAUUCAUAAUGCUGCUCAAUUAGCACCAGUCAUGGACCGACUCGGAAGAAUGCUUACAGAUCUAGCACCGCAUCUUAAUAACAUAGUCAAGCAUCAUCAACAUAGACAAUCAUUACAAAAUAUCAAUGCGAAUGGACCAGCAUCCUCGCAUGCUAAUCCCUAGCAUAAUCAAAGUUUGACAUCUUAGGAUUUAAGAAACGAUUCAAUUCAGUCUGCUGUCAUUGAAAAUCCAAAUGCACCGAUUAUUGUUUCUCAAUAAAUACCUAUUAUGCAUUCACCUGGAGAAAUCCUUUCAGUAGCAAAUAUAUUUGACAAUAGGAUCUUUGAUGAUAAUUCUGAUUCAAAUAUAGAAUUUCACAUUCAUGCCUUCUUAAGUCCAUAAUAACAGUAAUAAUAGCAUUAAGAAUAGAGAAUUAAUGCCUCAGAUUUAAUUAAUAGUAGGCUACCAUAGCGUUAGAAUGCUUAAGUAGGCCCUUCAGGUUUCACUAGAUCUAAUAGUCAGUCAUAAAUUAGCUCACAAUAAAAUAUUGCAAGUAAUAAUUAACCAUAGAUUCAAACUCAUAAUUUAAAUCCUGCAGUAAAUACCUCAAGUUCCCAAUAACCAAAUAUAUUAAGAUAGAUUCAUUAGAUAACUCAGACUCCCUUAGAGUAGAUAAAUUAAUAGACAUAAACAGCUCAAGAUGAGAGUAAUUUUAUUGCUCCGAGCUAAAUUUUGCCAUCAACCCUUAGAAAUUAGCUAUCACAGAGUCACAUAUUCUAAGAAAGUCUUCAAUAAAAUUAGAAUAAUUUACUUAGUGGAAUGAGCAAUUUCUUAAACCAAGGUACAUCUAUUUACAGGCCUGUGGGACCUUUUGGAACUUUAAAUGACAUCUAAAAUUAGGAAUCUAUUUCUUAGCCAAAUAGCAAUACUCUGCUAGCUUAAUUCCAGAAUGCGCCAAUCGGGAGAAGAUCAUAGAUUGAUAGUAUGAUCAGCAAUAGUCAAUAAAAUACUUUCAGAUCUAAUAAUCCUCAAAGCUUAACUAGAACAUUACCCCCUGGAUUAAUGAGUUUUAAUAGACUAUCUAAUGAAAAUGAUGAUAAUUCCCCUUUUGACAGAGAAUUGCCGCCCACUGAUCAUUAGGAAGACUUCAUUAGGCCCUAGAAUAUCACUUAGAAUUAAUAUUAAAGCAGACAUGGGUAAUACUUAGUAGUAAACGAACAUUAAUCAAGCAUCAGAGGCUCGCUAGAGCUUAAUCGUUCCCAAUAGCAACAACUAUCAAACAGGUAAUACGAUGAACAAUACUAAUCGAUAAGCAACUAACAGUAUCGAUCAUUCGAAACUUAGUUCAGGAAUAUAAGGAACUAGCAUUCGUCAUCAAGCUAAUAAUAAUUAGAGCAACUAGCCUAUGAGUAGCUUAUAGAAUAAUCAAUAAUUCAAGCCCUCGAACACAAUGAGAGGUCCAAUGUUCAGUUAAACCCUGUCUAGUAACUUCAAUCAAUCCAAUCAGUCCAAUCUCACAGGAACACAAACAGCAAUGCAGAGUUAGCAGCCAGGAGGGAUAGUAUCUCAGACUCCAAUUAGAAAGAUAUCUAAGCCAACAUUCCCACAGCUAACAGCACUUAGUAUGAAUCAAGGAGAUAAAGGUCCCAAAACAGUUAAGAAAAAUCAGACGAUGAAUCUAACAUCUAACAGAAUGAUGACAGAGUAGCCAUUGGAAUAAAGAGAAGAUUAAGAUCCAAUGAAAGAGAGCAAAAACAGCAAUAACCAUUAGCAUCAUUAGUUUAAUCAAACAAUGAUGACGAUGAAUAAUAAAUCUCAGACCUCAUAAAGGCAAAACUCGAUAAAAGAUAACGACAAAUUCCCUCCAAAAGUACAGACUCAAACAAUAGCUUAAGAAUCUAAUAGGAAUCCGAAGGAAACGAGCAAUAAUAACAGGAGCAAAUAGAGAGUGAUAAGCCAGGAUAAAAUAAGUUUUAGCAAAAAGAAUGA